UAAAACAUUUCCAUCAGCUAGCACUUCCUUCUUAACAACACCAAGAGUUGCUUGCAAGUUACAAGGUGAUCAGAGGCAGCAAGGAAACACAAACACACACACGCACACAGAGACAUGGGAUCCUUGGGCCCUGCCGUGAGCGUGAGCAUGGCCAAGGCCAACGGCGGCAAGGUGGCCGUCGGCGGCCAGAAGCAGCAGCAGAGCGGCACGUUCAGCUGCGGCUUCCAGAUGCCGCUGCACUACCCGCGGUACAGGAAGGCGGACUACGAGGCGAUGCCGGAGUGGCGCGUCGACUGCCUGCUCCGAGAGUACGGCCUCCCUGUCACAGGCGACAUCGAGGAAAAGAGGAGGUUCGCCAUGGGCGCCUUCCUCUGGCCCGGCCAGUAUUGAUUCACCUUGUUACAUGAGUAUUACAUAUUUCCAUUCGGAGCA